AGUGGCGGCAUGAUCGAAUGACGUCAGAUCCGUUCGUCUUUUCAUCCCGUACCCUUCGGACACGGACAUAGUAGCAAGUGGGAUAUUCCCCUGGUUUGCAAGCUUUUCCAUCCAAGCCCAGCAUCGAGCUCCUCGGACGAGUUCGUGUCCCACUCAAAUCGUGGCUGGUGGCCCGAGGCCGGCACUUCGUUGCUGGCACCACGUCAUCCCCCACCCUUGGCUUCGCGCCUAGCAAGCAAUGCGCCCCCAAGACUGACGACGAGCAACCGAGACAUAUCCGGUUUAUAAAGCUUGGACAGACUGGUAGAACUGCUCUUAUCUUAGGCCUUUUUCUUUCCCAUUCACUUUGGACUCGACACACCACACUCUACAUCACCAACUUGGCGCCCAACAAAGAAAAGCUUGGAUUAAAUAAACCCGCCAACCAUCAAAAUGGAACGCUUUGUGCCUAUUGCCCAUGGAGUCGCGGCUCUCUUCGCCGUGAUUGAGUUAGGCCUAACAGCCUAUGUCGUGACCCCCAAGUACUACUAUUAUUUCUUGCCAGCCGUCGUGUCCUUCAUGCUAUUCAACUCGAUCUGGUCCCUGCUGGUGCUCGCCUACCUCUUCGUUACGCCGAUCUACUUUCCCCGCAUCUUCCACGGCGUCGUGGCGCUGGCCCUCGAAUGGAUCACCAUGAUCUUCUGGUUCGGCGGCUCCGUCGGCCUUGCCGCACACUUUGGCACCCCGAGAUGCGAGGGCAACACGUACUGCGGCUCUGCCCAGGCCGCGAUCGCGUUCGGCUUUUUCCUCUGGGUCCUUUUCGCCUUCCUCGUUUUCGUCGAUACCAUGGCGUUCUUGCGCGGCCGAGGACAAUCCACCGCUCAGCCCAAGCCUUCCGUUGUCGUAUAGUGUGGUAGAUAUAGGGGGCCGUUGGAUUGAAGGACGGGAAAUGCAGGGUAUUUGGGAGGCGCAGUAUUGCAGGAUGACCUUGGGUAAUUUGAAGGAAGGCGGGGGAGGCAAGAAGGAAGCGGUUAUUGUGGAAGAUCGAAAGACUGGCGACACACGUAAUGACUCUGAGAUACCCUUUCAUAAUGGCGAUGGCUUUAAUACUGUUUCAAGAAGCUUUUAUCAAUUAUUACCGAGACUUACAGAUA